GAGAAUUUUUACACCUCUGCGCGGGUCUGUCGAAAAGGCAAGUACUGCAUGUCUUACAACAGUUUUCGUACUCGGACGUAAUCAGUAGACAUAAAGCAUAUCUACAGAGAGAGACUACAACGUCUUUCCCAGGUCGAGGCCGUGACGUCGAGUAGAUGCGCAUAAGUGAACAACAUGGACACUUACGGUCAGCGGUUUGAAGCCGCGUCGGGACGAGAUGGUAAAUCGCACAAGAAGAAGGCUUCUUCCUCUUCCCACCUCAGUACACCAUGCAGCGACGAAGGAGACCGCAAACCCAAAUUUCACCUACAAUUUAGAAAUCUCACUGAUGACAUGCUGGACAGGUUUGCAAGCAUUCGGAUCCCCGGUAGCAAAAAGGACCGGCCAGCCAUACCGCAUUCUAAAUACAGUGCCCCCGAUUGGUCUGUAUUUUCAUCUUCUAACUCCCAGUUUGAGGAACUUUCGUCAAAGAUCACUUCAGAAAAAGAAAUAUUGGCACUGUUUGAAAAGAUGAUGGAGGACAUGAACUUGAACGAAGACAAGAAAACUCCCUUGAGAGACAAAGACUUGAAUACAAAGCGAGAAAUGGUCAUCCAGUAUGUUUGUACUGCUUCAAAAACGGGUAGUUUGAAAAGCAGCUAUCAGAUCUCUCCUCAAGAAUUCCUGGGAGAACUAAAGUCUGGGGUGAUGGAAGAACGUCUUUUUGCUUGCCUCGACUCACUGCGUGUCUCACUGACGAGCAAUCCCGUCAGUUGGGUGCAGAGUUUUGGACAUGAGGGCCUUGGACUGUUACUUGACAUUUUGGAGCGAUUGCUGGCCAACAAACAGCAGGAGAGGAUUGACAAAAAGAACCAACAUAAGGUUAUCCAAUGUCUAAAAGCCUUCAUGAACAACAAGUAUGGCUUGGAUCGAAUACUUGGGGAGGAAAGAAGUCUUGUGUUACUCGCAAGAGCAAUAGAUCCCAGCCAGUCGGCCAUGAUGACCGAUGUGAUGAAGCUGCUGUCGGCCAUCUGCAUUGUGGGCGAAGAUAAUACUUUGGAGAAGGUCCUCGAAGCCAUCACCACAGCUGGGGAAUGGAGAGGCAUUGAAAGAUUUCACCCCAUUGUGCAAGGACUUCGAGAUCGAUCUGUGCAGUUACAAGUGGCAUGCAUGCAGUUAAUCAAUGCUCUCGUAACAUCACCUGACGACCUGGACUUGCGGCUACACAUCAGGAAUGAAUUUAUUCGUUGCGGCCUUAAAGCCAUUUUACCCCAACUGUCAUCGGUGAGGAACGAUGCCCUUGACAUUCAGCUAAAAGUAUUUGAGGAGCACAAAGAAGAGGACAUGAUGGAAUUCUCUCACAGGCUGGAGGACAUCAAAAGCGAGCUGGAUGAUGCGGGGGACGUGUUCAAUAUUUUGCUGAAUAUGGUGAAGGACAGCAGUGCGGAAAACUAUUUCGUCUCCAUACUGCAGCACUUGGUCCUCAUUCGCAACGACUACUUUGUCAGGUCUCAAUACUUUAAGAUCAUCGAGGAAUGCGUGUCGCAAAUUGUUCUGCAUCGCAGUGGAACAGACCCAGACUUCAGUUAUCGUAAACGGCUUGACGUGGACUUCAGCCACCUCAUCGAAGUUUGUGCCGAAAAGGCUAGAUUUGAAGAGUAUGAACAAAGAGCUUCUGAACUGGCAGAAAAGCUUGAUGAAGAGUUUGUAAAACGACAGGAGGCCCAAGCUCAACUGGUCAAGUGUGAAGAGAAGAUAGCCGAGUUGCAGGCUUUCAAGUCGCAGGUUGGAGUUGGACCAGGGGUUGUGUCAGAGGUGUUGUCGUCAUCAUCGUCAUUACCCUGUGGCUCUUUGCCCAGUAACCCGGCAUCUGGUUUACCAGUUCCUCCUCCACCGCCUCCACCACCACCACCUCCUGCUCCUCCAUUACCUGGUUGUCCAGCACCACCCCCUCCCCCUGGAGUGCCUCCUCCAUUCGGUGCCCCUCCCUUACCCCCAGGAUUUGCAUGUGCCUCAAAAUUGUCCGCUGGCCUUCCGCUGCCUUAUGGCCUCAAGCCAAAGAAGGAGUUCAAGCCUGAGAGCUCCACUAAGCGCCUGAAUUGGUCCAAGAUCAAUCCCCAGGAAAUGUCAGAAGGCUGUUUCUGGGUGCUCGCUAAUGACGAUCAAUACGCAAAGCCGGAUUUGCUCAGCAGAGUUGCUCUCACCUUCGGAUCACAAAGAGCAGCCAAAAGAGAAGAGGAGGAACUGGAUGAUAAGAAAUCCAUUAAGAAACGAAUUAAAGAGCUGAAGGUGCUCGAUCCAAAGAUUGCGCAGAAUCUAUCCAUUUUCCUGGGCUCUUUCCGCAUACCUUACAAAGAAAUUCGUCAGAUGAUAUUGGAGGUUGAUGAAGAGCAGCUCACAGAACCCAUGAUUCAGAACCUUGUGAAGCACUUGCCGGAGCAGGAGCAGCUGAACGCUUUGGCCAAGUACGAGAAUGACUAUCCAAAUUUGUCAGAGCCGGAGCAGUUUGGGGUUGUAAUGAGCAGUGUAAAGCGACUUCGCCCACGACUCAACCAUAUCCUUUUCCGACUGCAGUUUGACGAGCAGGUGAACAAUCUGCGGCCGGAUAUUCUAGCUGUAAACGCCGCUUGCGACGAAGUCAAGACAAGCCGCUCUUUUGGCCGCUUGCUGGAACUUGUGCUGCUGCUGGGCAAUUACCUGAACGCGGGUUCCCGAAAUGCCCAGUCGUUCGGCUUCGACCUCAGUUCUCUCUGCAAGCUAAAGGAUACAAAGUCAGUUGACCAGCAGACCACAUUGCUCCAUUUCCUGGUGCAAAUAUGUGAAGAGGAAUUUCCAGAUGUGAUCAAAUUUGUUGAAGACCUUAAACAUGUGGAUCGAGCAAGCAGAGUGUCUGCAGAGAAUUUGGAAAAGAGCCUCAGGCAGAUGGAGAGGCAGCUGUUGCAGCUGGAGAGAGACCUUGAGACUUUUGCGUCCUCUGAUGACCCCAACGACAUGUUUGUCAAUAAAAUGGCAAGCUUCAGCAAGGUGGCGCGUGAGCAGUAUGGCAAGCUGGUGAGCAUGCAGAGCAGCAUGGAGACGCUCUACCGGAAUCUUUUGGAGUAUUAUGCCGUCGAUCCGAAGAAAACAUCCGUGGAGGAGCUCUUCACUGACCUCAGCAACUUCCGUAGCAUGUUCACCCAAGCACUCAAAGACAACACGAAGCGUAAGGAGUGUGAGGAGAAACAAAGGAGAGCACAGGCGGCAAAGGAAAAGGCUGAGCGUGAAAAGCAGGAGAGACAGCAGAAGAAGAGUGGCUUGCUUGAACUUAAUGCAGAGAAUGAUGAGACAGGCGUGAUGGAUAGCUUGCUCGAAGCUCUACAAUCGGGAGCUGCAUUCCGAGACCGCAGAAAAAGAGCACCAAGACCCAGAGAUAACCAGCUGAAGACCAUCAGUCCCAGAUCCUACCGUCAGGUUCUAAAGCCCGUUGAUCACGAAAACAAGAAGGCAAUUUUACUCCGUUCUCGAUCUCGCCAAAACGUCCAUGCCGUUUCUGCGGCGGCGAAGGCUCCGCCCACCAAGGAAUCUGACAGCCAAGCAGCAGCAGCACCGUUCAAAUCUGCGCUGCGUUCCGACACGGCACACAGGUACAAGAACACCCCGGGCCACACUUAUGCGUCAGAGAGCGGAAGAGCGGCGGUGAGGGAAGAUCCCAAACCUAUAGAGAUCAAGAGAAGGGAUGAAGGCGAGCCUCUGGCCUCUCAGACGCCAUCCAGCGGUGCCGUGCACUCCAGCGCCGGCAGCCAGUCUGAUGUGCAAGCUCUGUUGGCGAAACUCAGGGCCUUGUAGGAGUCUCGAUACAACCAAACAUUGGCUUUAUAGUUUGCACACACGUAUCAUCUUAAGAAGUGAAUCUUUGAAGAAGCUUCACAGAAUUAAAACUGUUAGACCAAAUUGUGGCUGAAAGUAUAUCAAAAAGACACAAGUUGGUGUCUUUGUAAAUAUUAAACCUGACCUGAAAUUGCAGUUUUUGUUGUCCAAAAACGUUAACGUCAAACGACUUAGCACUUUCUGAUACAAAUGUUAUUCAGUUUUCCUGUAUUUAUCUUACAUUCAUGCAAAUUUGUCUUAUCUCAUGAAUAACAUUUGUUCAGCAGGCUUUCAAAAGAAUUUAGUUGGAAAUCAUACAAGAUAUUAGCACUACAUAGGACACUUUUCAAUUCCAACAUCUCCACAGGAUUAUUUGAUUUUAGCAUUUAAAAUCUAACUCAUUGUGGAACAAUUGUCUCUUAUGGGCUAAGUUUUGUAUUUUCCUCAUGUUGUGUGUUCUAUUUUCUAUAUUUAAAACGUUUUUUUCUACUUACAAUGUGUAACCUGAUAUAUGAUUGUAACUUUUCAAGGGACAUGCUUAGAGAUUGUUUGACAGUAAAAUGUAUUUGACCAUGUUUUUAGCCAAAGGAACGUUUAUACCCAAGCAUUACUAAUUAUGUCUUAAACUACUGUCCAUGCUUUGCAAAUAAAAAUGUUAAUUGCUGCUUAUUCAAUCCUGAUAUUAAAUGCUUCCUUUUAUAUUCCAAUUUGCAAUAAAAUAGUUGGCUAUGUGACA